AUGGCCAAAAUAGGUUUGCCAACAUGGGCUAGGCCGUGCCCUUUCAAGCCUGCUGGGGAAUGCGCUCCCUUUCCCCAAACGUCCCUUGGUUCCCCCGUCGACCUACCCGUCCGAGGGUCCUGGGUACCCAACGCCGCCACGUCUGGCACCUCAACUCACGUCUGGCACCUCAGCUCACAUCUGGCGUCUCAACUGUCGCGUGGCGCCUCGGCCAGAGGUCCCACAAGGUGGCGCAGCCUCUCCGUGGCGCCCAAGAGCCCGCAGGCGCGGGCGGCUUGGCCCGCGUGGGCUCCGAACUGCGGCGGCUCCGCUAGACAGUUGCAGAAGCUGGCGGACGGCCGGGACCCCCUGCUUUGCGCAGCCAGGCGUCGAGGAGGCGGCGACGAGUGCCGCGGUGCUGGCUGGGUGGCCGAGUGGUCCCCGCAGCCUCUGGACCCAGCCAUGCUGCUCUGGAUGCAGGGCUUCGUGCUGGAGGCGGUGGCCUGCCAGGAUGGCGAUGACUACUUACGCUACGGGAUCCUCUUCGAAGACCUGGAUUGCAAUGGGGACGGCGUGGUGGACAUCAUUGAGCUCCAGGAGGGGCUGAGAAACUGGAGCUCCGCGUUUGACCCCAACUCCGAGGAGAUAAUUUUUAAGUCUGGAGAUACCAACGACGAUUUAGGAUUGGACUUUGGAGAAUUUAUGCAGUAUCUUCAAGACCAUGAGAAGAAAAUGAGGCUGGCAUUUAAUAGUCUGGAUAAAAAUAAUGAUGGAGUAAUAGAUGCUUCAGAAAUAAUUGCUGCUUUGAAAUCCCUGGGUAUGCAUAUUUCUGAAGUCCAGGUAAAAACUGUUCUGAGCAGCAUGGAUAGUGAUGGAUCAAUGACAGUAGACUGGGAUGAAUGGAAGUACUACUUUUUACUGCAUCCUGCAACAAAUAUCACUGAAAUGAUUCAUUUCUGGAAGCGUUCUACUGAAAAAUUGGGGCACUCUGUUACAAUUCAUUCUACAUAACUGAAGCUCU